AGAAAACUGUAAAUGCUGAACAGAGCGUAAAUUCUGGGCAAAAUAUGAGUACUAAUAUGGAUACUGCUACGAAUGCUCAUUAUAACGAUGAAGUUUCCCGGAAUAUCUUAAAGAAUAGGUAA